UUGGUUUGAUGGGUUUUGCUUAAGUUCUCAUAAUUCUUUUUGAGCUCUUGUAUGUGAGCAAGGAAACUUGGAAAUUUUUAGGUGAUUUUCUAUAGCUUUUUCAGUUGGUUGGCUUGUUAAUUGAUUUGCUUCUUUGGGAUGGUUGUUGGGUGUUGAAUUUUGAGGCUUGGGAAGAUGGCGAGCCUAUUCGGUGAAAAAGCUUAGUCAUCACUUAAUUAUAUGAAAUAAAUUUUAAUAUAUUAUGUAUUAGGUAAGAAUGAAAAUGUUGGCAACAAGAUCUGAUACUUAACAUGGUCCAUUGAAACAAGAUUAAUGUGGCGCCAAGCUAGCGGUUUUCAUUUGCAAACUGGAUUUGUGGCUUUGCAAUUGGCCUCUAAACAUGCGUCCUGCACAUGUUUGUAGAUCCAGCAGAUAGGGGUCAUUACUGUCUGACUAAUGACCUUUUUCAUCUUUUGCAGUUCAAGCUAGCUAUGGGAACUCUUGCAAUCGAUACCGAGUGUGUGGAUUCUGAUAUAUACCGUGCUUUGGGAUUCAAAGGAUUGGGUAAAGGAGUUGUUGGAACUCCACGGAUUUUAUCACUUCUUUCUUCGCUUCUUGAGGAAUCCGUCCAAAGAAACGAGAUGGAGUCCGAGACGGUGAAGUUCAAAGAUAAUGUUGCCAUGUUUCAUGGGUUAAGAGCUCCCACCAUAAGCAUUCAGCAUUAUAUCGAUCGCAUCUUCAAGUAUGCUGGCUGCAGUCCGUCGUGCUUUCUGGUUGCAUACAUUUAUGUGGAUAGAUUUGUUCAACAAACGGAUGUGCAUUUGACUUCCCUUAAUGUUCACCGACUCCUCAUAACCAGUGUAUUGGUAGCCGCAAAGUUUAUUGAUGAUGCGUUUUUCAACAAUGCAUAUUAUGCGCGAGUGGGAGGGGUAAGCACGGCGGAGCUCAACAGGUUGGAGAUGAGCUUCCUGUUUGGUCUGGAUUUCAGACUUCAAGUAACUGUGAAUACAUUCCAAAGAUACUGUUGUCAGCUGCAAAAGGAAUGUUGGGAAGGUAAUCAAAUCGAAAGGCCUAUUCGAGCCUGUGGAAUCAAAGAUAGUUGGCCAAGCAAAAGUGAUACGCAAUGCGCUCCCACAAUUUCAAGAUGAAGCUACGCAGUCAUGCCAAGAUUCUUGAAGAAACGGCAAGCUUUUGUAUCAUUUGAAUGCGCCUAUUAGUUAGCAUUGAUUGUUUCCAUCUUUUUCAUGAUGUUGUUUGUUUCUUAGCGUGCACCUUGUGUUCAUUGCUUUGCAGUGCAAAAGGCAUGUUGUAUAUUAACUUUGUGAUCAGCAAAUUUAUUUUAAAUGAUUUAAUUUAUCAUGCUCAAAUAUAAUUAAA